AUAAUAGUAAUACAUUACAGGUGAGAUACGCGAAUCAUCAGAAAGUCCAAUACUAGGAGUCAGGCAAUAUGGAUUGAUCAUUUGCUGUUAUUUGUCACGCAGUUGCAACUUCACCCUUCGUACUGCGGCGCCGAGAGGGAUGCACGUUCACGCACGAGUCUCCUGUCUAAACGCUCGGCUCUGAUCUCCGCCAGCCCCACGCAGGAACAGACGUCACGUCGGCAGUAUUGAGUGAGCGAGAGAGAGAGAGAGAGAGGGAGGGCUGGUCGGCAUACACGCAGGCAAGCAUCCGCGUCCACCCUCGCACAUGCACGCAGAAGCGGCGCCGAGUGGAAUGGAGCGGGCGGACGCAUGGAGCGUGCGACUGCUGCGGGUCGUUGUCAUGAUGGUCGCCCUGAGCCGACGGAGCGCUGCAGAAGCACCACCACAGUUCCAGAUACAGCCAACAGGUGGCAUUGUUCCGGAAGGCAGUACAAAGAUAUUGCACUGUAGAGCGAGCGGAGACCCGCAGCCCGAUUACAGGUGGAUUAAAGAUGAUGUGUACCUAGGUGACUUCAGCAGUAACAAUUUCUAUAAGAUAGUGUCUGCUAGUAAACAGGAUGUGGGAGAUUAUAGCUGCAUCGCCCGCAACAGUGUAGGCUCCGUCCUCAGCAACACGGGCGAUGUCCGCGUGGCUUAUAUCCAGCCUAUCGCGGCGGUACAGAGGGCACUGCUCUCUGCGAAGGCAGGCGACGCGCUCGUGAUAGAGCCGCCACCUAUUGACAGCUACCCAGAGUCUGAGGUCACGUGGAUCGGCGAUGGAGAGUUCAUAUUUAGCUUUACGAGACGGAAACACAUCGUGACAUUACAGAAUGCGCUUGUGAUAUUGGACGUCGGGGCGACAGAUGCAGGGGUCUACAGCAUGGAGGCGCUGAACCCACAGCUAGGACAAGCGCAGUACAGCGGCAACGUCUCCGUCACGGUCGACGGAGCAUUAAGAAGCCGUCGCGCCGACACGAGGGAACCUACGAGUGCGUCGCGGACGCUGACGGAACUCGACUACCCGGCGUCCGCCACCGCCCACCUCACCGUACACGAGGUGCCCAGGCUAGGAGGGCCGCCGCUACACCAGACGAAGGGUGAGGUUGGAAAGCAGGUGUUGCUGUCGUGUGAAGCCGAUGGCAGCCCCGCGCCGUACGUAGACUGGUAUAGGAACACUGUCAACGUCAGCGCUAUUCGGACGGGCAGGUACACGGUACUCGUCAACGGAUCCCUCGUCAUAGAUGACCUGAAGGUGACCGACACGGGAAUCUUCCAGUGCGUGGCGAGCAACGUGGCGGGAGAGACUACCGACUACACAUGGCUGCGCGUGGAACGCUCGGCACCUGUGUGGGUUGCGUUGCCUAGCAACAUGACAGUGCUGGACGGCGAGGACGUGACGGUCGUCUGCAAGGUUGACGGCGCGCCGACGCCCACCGUCACGUGGAAGUUCAAUGGUGGAGGCACCGGGUCGGGAAAGAGCAGCGUGUGUAUCACGUCUGGUGAGGUCUGCACAGGGCACCAGAAACACGAUGGGAAGGACGUCAGCAGUUCGUCGCACCUGCAGAUCCUGUCGAGCGGAGACCUGUUCGUAGCCGACGUGAAGCAGAGCGACGCAGGCGUGUACACGUGCGAGGCAGCUAACGAGCUAGGCUCAGUCACAGCCAGCGCACAUCUCACCGUCACAGUUUGGUACCUGCCUGUGCAUAAGAGUGACUCAAACCAAACUCCAAAAGUUCCCUUAAUAGUGUUGGUUCUAUAG